AUGACCGAGAACCAUGAAGAGAUCAGAUCCGAUCCACCAUAUCAGAAUGGCGAGUUGACGCAACUGAAAUUGAUUACACGCCAAGACGGCCACCGCGCACCACCGGCGUCGGACUGGAUAACAGACGAGGAACUCUGGUUCAUGGACUGGGCGUUUCGCGACACAGUCAGAGAAUUAUUGAGCGAAGGCGCCAAGUUUGAGCUCAGAAGAUUUGAAGGAACGCCAAACUUUCCGCCACUGCUUUUACAAAAGGGCUAUGGCAUUGCUCUAUGUGCGCGAAGAUCCAAAGCUUUGCGAGACGUUGGCCCUAUGCGCUUCAACUUUGGUAAAGACGAUGUAUUUGUUAAGAAAUUGUGCAAUCUGGCCAAUGAUGUCAGGAAGGCUAGCUUUCGACAUGGCGACCUCAUCUGGACCAUCCGAAUCACUACCUUUUUCGCACAACGACCGCCGACCAAUGCACCGAAAUGGUGGAGGACAGGAGCCGAGUUGGACCGCGAGGAAUGCGAAUUCUCUGUGGCGGCGGAAGACGUUUCUAAAGCUACACCAAAUGGGUGUGGUGGGAAAACAUCAUUGACACCUUUGCCGCACACACGAAAAUGCAGCUCUGAAGAUAUCCAUGGCUACAAUGAUUCCCGGUCCACCAGUGGUGCCAGCAUAGCAAGUCCUACGCCUUCACGUUUAUCACACCGACCGCGAGAGUCACUAUCGCGUCUAUCACCACCAAGUCGAAGAACAUCGAGCGCUCUACAUACUCGCUUGGACAGUGGACCAACCGGCGGGAGGCAAAGUCUGGAUAAACCGAGACCGACGGAAAGGCCAAGAUGGCGGCCAGCUGGGUGA